GUAGAACACCGGGUUGAAGGCUUUAAACACUAAAAAUCCCACUGUGUGAUCUCUGUUUAAGCAGAAACAUGGUGUCCAAGCAGGCUUUCCUCUUCAGCCUUGGUUCUCUCUACCUCUCCCUCCUCUUCAUAUUUCUCCUUAUGGAUGUCUAUGCCAGGCCUGCAAACAAUUCUGCUCUUAAGGUAGAAACAAAAGAAAAGGCCACAGACAAUAAAGAUGAAAAUGAAAUUCUGCCUCCUGACCAUCUGAAUGGAGUAAAGAUGGAAAUGGACGGUCACCUCAACAAAGAAUUCCACCAAGAGGUUUUCCUCGGUAAAGAAUUGGAAGAAUUUGAUGAAGAUUCUGAACCUCGUAGGAAUAGAAGAAAGCUGGCAGCUAUUUUUGCCAAAGUGGAUAGAAAUGAGGACAAGCAAAUUAGUGCAAGUGAAAUGCAGCGGUGGAUCAUGGAGAAAACAGAAGAGCAUUUCCAAGAGGCUGUGAAUGAGAAUAAGCUUCACUUCCGUGCUGUGGAUCCAGAUGGUGACGGGCACGUGUCUUGGGAUGAAUACAAAAUUAAGUUUUUAGCCAGUAAAGGAUUCAAUGAGAAAGAGGUGGCGGAAAAACUGAAGAAUAAUGAGGAUCUGAAGAUUGACGAAGAGACACAAGAGGUACUGGAUAACUUGAAAGAUCGUUGGUUUCAAGCAGACAAUCCCCCGCCCGACCAGCUCCUGAAUGAAGAAGAGUUUCUGUCCUUCCUUCAUCCUGAGCACAGCCGAGGCAUGCUUAAAUUUAUGGUGAAGGAGAUUAUACGCGACCUAGAUCAAGAUGGUGAUAAGAAGCUUACUCUGUCUGAAUUUAUUUCUCUUCCUGUGGGCACUGUUGAAAACCAGCAGGCCCAGGAUAUCGAUGAUGACUGGGUACGGGAUAGGAAAAAGGAAUAUGAAGAAGUCAUUGAUGCCAACCACGAUGGUAUUGUUACAAUGGAGGAACUGGAGGAGUACAUGGAUCCUAUGAACGAAUACAAUGCUCUCAAUGAAGCCAAGCAGAUGAUUGCAGUCGCUGAUGAAAAUCAGGAUCAUCUCUUGAGUUUAGAAGAAAUACUGAAGUACAGCGAGUAUUUCACGGGCAGCAAAUUGAUGGAUUAUGCCCGCAAUGUUCACGAAGAAUUCUGAGUCUGUGGUGUCCUAAAUUUCUUCCGAACGCCACCUCUCCACAUAGUCUACAGCAGUUCCAGUGAUGAUGAACUGAUCCCUCUUGUAUUGGAAUGAGAAGAGGAGCUGGUACCAGUUUCUGCUGCUAUUCUACCUGUGUGUUCUUCGUGUGCAUCAGUGUGUGGGGCUUCUGCCUUCCCCACCAGGAGCUACUUUUCAUUGCAGGAUUUGUACAGAAAUACUUGCUUUUAUCCACUUCAGUUCUAUACAUAGCUAUAUUUUUACAUCAGCCGUUCGCAUAUUGAAUCAUAUCUAUAACAGAGGUUGUUGCCUCUUUGGUGCAUAAGGACUCGAGCUACACUGUCCAUGUAAUAGGUAAUUAGCAAAGUAAUAGAUGCUUUUUAAUUGGGGAGGGGUUAAACAUUGGCAUGUAUAUGCAUCUGGAUUUUACUGGUUGUGGGGUCAUCCUAUACUUUAUAGCAAGCCAGAACAAACCAAUGGCAUUCAUUCAUUUAAAAGCAAAAUUCACCAUUAAAGGGGUUGUUCACCCCACUUUUAGUAUAAUAUACUGAGUGAUAUUCUGAGAUUUGCAAUUAGUGUUCAUUUUUUAUCAUUUGUGGUUUUUGAGUUAUUUAGCUUUUAAUUCAGCAGCUCUCCAGUUUGCAGUUUCAGCAGUCUGGUUGCUAGGGUGCAGGUUACCCCAGCAACCAUGCACUGAUUUGAAUAAUAGACUGGAAUAUGAAUAGUAGAGGCCUGAACAGAAAGAUGAGUGAUAAAAAGUAACAAUACAUUUGUAGCCUUACAGAGGAUUUAUUUUUAGGUGGGGGUCAGGGACCCCUAUUUGAAAGCUGGAAAGAGUCAGAAGAAGAAGACAAAUGAAUCAAAAACGAUAAAAAAUAAAGACCAAUUGUAAAGUUGCUUAGAAUUGGCAAUCCUAUAAUAUACUAAAUGUUAUCUUAAAGGUGAACCACCUCUUUAAUGUGUUAAAUUCUUUUUUCUUUGUGGUGAGGGGACAACAAAAAAAGUUUCCAGAGGGAAAGAUUCUGUCUUCUUCUUGUUUCCUCUUUUGUUUCCUGAAUUCUGACCAAAGCAAAAACAGUGUUACUUUCCAGUCCGUGAACAUUUGUUCGGCAGUCCCAAUUUGCAUCAGUUGGUUUAUACAGGGUAAACCCCUAAGGGAAGUCCCGUUAUUGACCUCGAGCAACAGCAUGACUCUCAGCUGCAGGGAUUCGCUUUCUUUCUUUUCAAUGUCUUUUUUUUUAUUGGAUUUUACAAUAAUCCAGCAAUAAACAGCUCAUUUCAAUAAAUUGACAUGACAAUUUCAUAGCAAAUUCAUUAAAAUAAUUAAAGAAAAUAAAGUAAGAACUAGUAAUAACUACCAUGUGGCCAAAGUAUUUAUCUUCAUCUCUAUGCCUGACAUAAAUUUAAAAAGGAAAGUAUUGCGUUUAUAUGAGUGGAACUAUUUCAAAUUCAAUCUUGACUGGUAACCAUAUCUUUUCAGAUCUCCAAUUCUUUACCCAUAAAGUUGUAAAUAAAUAGCUUUUUUUUUUUUUUUUUGCUACUUCUGAUGUUUUUAAAUAAAUAUAUAAUUUUGAUUUAAA